CAAAAGCAUUUAACGAAGUGUUCAUCUUAAACCCUAGAGCAAAAGCACUCAAAGCUUCUGAGCUCCUGUGAACAUGGCUGCCUCAGAGAAUGAGAAAGAGAAGAAGAUCGAACAACAUGAUCAUCAUCAAGAUGAGCAGCAGCACAGAAAUAAAAAACGCAAGCAAGUUUUCCCUUACGGCAACUACAGAGCCUACUACGGCUAUCGUCUUGGUCAAGACACAGAGGAAGAUCCUAGAUUGAAGGUUUUCAAGAAGGAGUGGUUUGAAGGCAAGGACUGUCUUGACAUUGGCUGCAAUGCUGGGAUCAUCACUAUACAAAUCGCCAAAAAGUUUUGCUGCCGGAGCAUCCUUGGAGUUGACAUUGAUCCUGAUCGUGUUCAGGAUGCAUACUGGCACCUCCAAAAACUUAUGAGAGUGAAGAAAGCUAAAAAGAUACCAGGAAAUGCUUCCAAGUUGAAGGUUGGUGAGAGUGCAAAUGGGUCAGAUUGCAGCAUUGAAGGUUCAUCAAAUGAAGAGACAAAGGAUAGCCCAAGGAAUUGCUCUUCGGAAGAGACAGAUCUAUUUGACAUAGUCUCUUUCCGGAAUGAAGAUUUUGUUAAUAGUCGAGAUCCCCCGAAUAAGCAUUAUGACACCAUUCUAUGUUUGAGUGUGACAAAAUGGAUUCAUCUGAAUUGGGGUGAUGAUGGCUUGCUUACACUAUUUUCAAAGAUAUGGAGACUACUUCGUCCGGGUGGCAUUCUUGUGCUGGAACCUCAACCCUGGAAGUCUUAUGAUAAGAAUCAUAAAGUUUCUGAGGCAACAAGAACCAAUUAUCAAAAUAUUAUAUUCCAUCCGCAGCUGUUUCAGGAUAUACUUCUGGAUAAGAUUGGAUUUAGAACAGUGGAAGACAUCACUUCCAGAUUGUCGGGCAGCAAAUCUGGAUUCAACAGACCAAUUUUAGUGUUCCAAAAAUGACCCGCCUGGUGAUGCUGUCAUUGGAGUAGGGAUACUUUGCAUGCUCAUGAGCUUUACUGAGACAACGUAGCUUCAGAGAUGCACUUUUGGUGAGCGAGCAAAGAGACCAGCAAAACCUUGGAAAGAAUUGACGGGAUGGGAAUGCUUGACACUGCAUUCAUUUUGGUAACCAUUAUAUUCAUGGGUUUGUUGUGCUGCACAGUUUUGAGGUUGGGCUUUUGUAAUAUUAUACGGGCAAAGAAAUGGAAUGUCAUGUCCCGAUCUUCUAUUUGCUCCGUACUGUACAUGUCAGUUAUAGUGCAAUAGUCCUAAUCAUUAAACGAAAAUGUUACCGUGCAUGUGAUGUAUUUAUGUUACAUGGAUGUUGGUGUCAUUCUAAAGCUCUAA